AUGGCAGAGCCACCUGGCGAACAGCCGGCGGAGGAAGAGAAGCCCGAGCCCCCGAGCCCAGAGCCCCCCAGGCAACCCAGCGUCCCCUCCAGCAAAUCCCUCCAAGGCCUCGCAAGGCAGUCCAGCCAUGUCAUCCGCCGGCAGACCAGCAGCAGUGAGCGAGGCCCACAGCCACACCUGGACCAGGACGGGCAGCCGACCCAGGUCCCCUACCACGAUCAGCAGAUGGGACCGCCUCAGCAAGCAAGAGGCAGCGCCUACCAGACCCAGCAACCAAAGUUAAGUGGCCAAGAGCAAGAACCAAGAGGAUCCAUUUACCAACCUCAGCAGGCAAGAGGGAGCCUUUUCCAAGCCAGGGGGGGUAUGCCUCAAACCCAGGACCAAAGAGGUGGACUUUUUCGGCCACCGGCCGGUGUUCAAGACCCAUCAGGGGGCCCUUCUCAGGAAUUUGUGGGUGGCGUGGACCAAAGAGGCAGCUCCUUUCAAGUGCCUUCAGUCAGAAGCAGCCAGAGUCAGUAUGACCCGGGACAUGGCCCUUACCAAGCUCAUGAGCCUGGGUCUGGCCUCUACCAGCUUGGAUCUGGCAUUUAUGAAGAUCAGGUACCAGAUCCGGGACCCAGAGCAUUGGCAAUUAAGAAUGCAAAGGCUUAUCUCCUGAAAACAAGUAUCAAAUCUGGUGUGAGCUUGUAUGACCAUUUUGCUGAAAUGUUGUCCAAAAUCCUGGAUGAGCAGCCUGACAACCCAGCAGACAUAAUUGAGAACAUCAGCAAAGAUGUAAAGUGUGCUCGUUUCCAGAAGAAAAUGGACACCCUCCGAGACGAAUAUGAGAAAUUGCCAACAUAUGAGCUGGCUGAAAUGUAUAAGGCUCUUUUCCAGAAGACUAGUGGAGAUGGAGGAGAACAAGAAGUGGAAGAAGAAGCACCAGAAACACCUCUGCCCAAUGUAAUGGAGACAGCCUACUAUUUUGAACAAGCUGGAUUUGGUUUGAGCUUGGAAGAAUACUACCACAUAUUCCUUGCCCUCAAACAACUGGUCAUCACACAUUCAAUCCAGACAUGUCGCUUCUGGGGGAAAAUCCUAGGAAUAGAGGCAAACUAUAUUGUAGCUGAAGUUGAGUUUCGUGAGGGAGAGGAGGAAGAAGAGGCAGAGGAGGAAGAAACAGCUGAAGAAGGAUUAAAAGAAGGAAGUGAUAGGGAGGAGGAAGAUGAAGAUGAUGAAGAAAAAGAUGAGCCACCCAAACCCAACUAUAAGCCUCCGCCAACAAUACCAAAAGAAGAUAAUCGGACUGGGGCCAAUAAAUUCACUUAUUUUGUUUGCAAUGAACCAGGCAAGCCCUGGGUGAAAUUACCUCCGGUGACACCUGUGCAGAUCGUGGAUGCCAGAAAAAUCAAGAAGUUCUUCACUGGAAAGCUAGAUGCUCCCAUUGUGAGUUACCCACCUUUCCCAGGCAAUGAGUCCAAUUACCUGCGUGCCCAGAUUGCCCGCAUUUCAGCCGCUACCCAGGUCAGCCCACUGGGAUUUUUUCAGUUUGGAGAAGAAGAAGGAGAUGAAGAGGAGGAGGGAGGAGCUGGAAGAGACUCCUAUGAAGAAAAUCCAGACUUUGAACCCAUUUCUGUGGUAGAGUUGGUGGAUUCUCUCUCCAACUGGGUGCACCAUGUACAGAAUAUUCUAAUGCAGGGACGCUGUACAUGGGUCAAUCCCAAUCAGAAAGUAGAGGAAGAAGAGGAGGAGGACGAGGAAGAGGAGAAAGAAGAUCAAGAAGAGACCCAGCAAGAAGUAGGACCUCCACUUCUCACCCCACUCUCUGAAGAUGCAGAUAUUCAGAAUGUCACUCCAUGGUCAACUGAGGCCUCUACAAGCUUGGUUCCCCAAUACGCGGUUGCAGUUCUGCAGUCCAACUUGUGGCCUGGAGCAUAUUCCUUUGCUACUGGCAGGAGAUUUGAUAACAUCUAUAUUGGUUGGGGUCUUAAAUACAGUCCAGAAAAUUUCACCCCUGUGGAGCUACCACAAGUGCAGACCGAGUACCCCAGCGGACCAGAAAUCACAGAAGCAGCUGAUCCAACUGUGGAAGAAGAGCAGGCGCUCAAGGCUGCCCAGGAGGAGGCUUUGGCUGCAGAAGAGGAGGAAGAGGAAGAGGAGGAAGAUGAGGAUGAGGAUGAUUAAACUGUAAA